AUGUCGUUGUCCCAGCAUGCCACUGAAGACAUGAAGGAGCAGGCCGCCAUGGUUGACCGCAGGAACUCUCUGAUGUACACCAGACUUCUGAACACCAAGAAGAAGUUGCAGACUGACCUGGUGACAGUGCAAGGUGAGGUGGACGACAUCAUCCAGGAGGCCAGGAACGCAGAGGAGAAGACCAAGAAGCAUAUCACUGAUGUGAAUCCUCAUAAUGUGGCUUGUAUGGUGGGUGAUCUUGAGACUGAGGUGGAGACCGAGCAGAGAGGAGGUGUGGAUGCUGUCAAGAGAGUCUGCAAGUAUGAGCGCAGAGUCAAGGAGCUCACCUACAAGACUGAGAAAGAUAAGAAAACCGUCAGCAGACUGCAGGACCUGGUGGACAAGUUGCAGUUGAAAGUGAAGACCUACAGGAGGCAGGCUGAGGAAGCAGAGGAACCAUCCAACUCCCACAUGUCUAAGUUCAGGAAGGUGCAGCAUGAGCUGUAUGAGGCAGAGGAGCGUUGUGACAUUACUGAGACCCAGGUCAACAAGCUCAUGGCCAAGGGCCGCUAUGCCGAACACGAACACAUUACAGAUCUGCUGUUACACCUAGGCUGCAUCGGAAAUGGCACCCUAUACCCUGUAUAGUGCACUCCCUUUGACCAGGACCCAUAGGGAAUGCGGUGCUAUUUCAGACGCAGACC